UGCUUUUAUGUUUCUUGACAGGAUUUGAAUGAAAAUCUCACAUCAUUGUGCUUAUUACUUCAAUGUGUAGAUAUGGCAACUGAAAGAACAUCAAAGAUGGCCUGAUAUCAAUCUAUUAUUCUUUUUCUUUUUUACAUUUGGGGAAAGGGAUGCUCUCACUUUGAAAUGAGCUUACAGCGUCUCUUUCUGAAGACUACAUGAAGGCUGAUUCAGUUUACUGAAACACCUAAAUUGACUACUGACUUCUAUCCCAUCCCAUCCCACGUUUCUCAGUUUUGAUAAGGGUUUCAAUACACCUCUACUCCACAAACUACAUAACUGGGCUGUUCCUUCAGGAAUUUAUCCUCUCUCCAUUGGUGUUAAUAUUUUUUUUGCAUCAUGGUAUUUUUUCACCAAACAAGCACCUUGGGUCUACUGAAGUCACUGAAGAAAAGUCACAUGUUUUAUCCCAUGCCAAAGCUUCAGCAGGUGCCCACUGUCUUGGGGUGCUUCAUUUUCACUACGUCAUAUCAGUGUGCAAAACCAGUGGACCACAAAACUACCACAUUGAGUUUUAAAGGUAAAGGUGAAGGUAUAAGGGAGACCAGAGUGAGGAAAGACUAUUCUUCUCCAAGCCCUUUCAACCUGUUUGCUGCUGGAGCAUCAAAGAGGAGAUCAGGGCUCUGUGAAGCCAUUGAAGAUUCGGAGCGCUCCAUCCUUUCGAGGCGGAUCACACUUCAUCCUCCAGAAAAACCUUUGAGUGCUGGCGAAUGGGAAGAGCUGAAGGGACAAUUUGAGGGACUGAGAAAGUUUGAAGUGGCUAUGUUUGAGCAAAUGAUAGCUUGCAACAGCCCCAUUGAUGUGGCCAAAUCCUUGUUGGCUGCAGUGGCUAAUCGAGAGGGAGAUAUUCACUACAAUAUUUUGCUGAAGUACUUGCGCCUGUGUGUCUCUCAGGGGAGCACGGAGGAGAUUUACGAUGUCCACGACAUUCUGAAAGCCAGAUUUAAGACUUUAGAAACAUCAGGUUAUGGUCUUCUCAUCAGAGGUCUGAGUGGUACACCACGCUGGAGGGAGGCCUUGUCGCUGCUGGAGGAGUUAAAAAAAGUCAUGACCCCUUCAAAAUCAAACUAUGGAGACUGCAUCAGGGGGGCCCUUCUUAACCGGGAAAUAAAUCUUGCAUGCGAACUCUUUCAUGAGAUGCUAGCUAAGGACCUGGUGCCAAACCUGGAUACCUUACAGAUUUUCUUCGACACUGGCAAACGUGUGAAGGAUGACAUUUUGAAAACCGAACUCAUGCACAUCCUCUCCUACUUAAGAGAUAAUCAAGUAUAUCCUGGGGAAGCUUUAAUGCAGAGUAUAAAGCAGUGGUUUGAAAGUAUUCCAGGAGAAAACUGGAAAGGAAGCUUAACCAGCAUCAAACAUAGUGGGCAGUGCCCAUCUUGUAAUCAGUCCUUGGAAGGUAUUAACCUGAGUCCAGAAGAAUACAACACACUCAAGGAAAGAAUAAUAAAGGACGUGAUACAAGGGACUGAUACGUUUAGGAAAACAACCCCCCAGGAACUUGAAGAAUUUCAGACAUUUGUGAAUCAAUGUCCCCCUUUUGAUAUUGUGAUUGAUGGACUCAAUGUUAGCAGAGUUUACAACAAAGCCACUCCAUCUCAAACUCUGCUGAAUGUGGUCAGCUACCUAGCACAGCAGAAUCCACGGAUGCUUAUACUGGGACGCAAACACAUGCAGAAGCAAUAUUCUCAGUGGCACAGAAAUCAUAUGGCUGCUCUGCAGAAGAAGGCAUACUUCUUCUUUACUGAAAACAUGUCUGAAGACGAUCCAUUCCUGCUCUAUGCCACUCUUCACUCAGGAAGUCACUGUAGAUUUGUUACCAGAGAUCUGUUACGUGAUCAUAAGGCUUGUCUCUCUGAUAGUCUAACUCGACGGCUGUUCUUUAAAUGGCAGCGGGGACAUCAGAUGGUGCUAUCUGACUACAUACCAGGAAAGAGGAUAAAGUUUGAGUCUGUAUUUAAUUAUGAUACAAUCGUACAGACUACAGGUAACACAUGGCAUAUUCCCUAUGAUGACAACAUCUUGGAAAGAUCUUCUUAUGAAGUGCCUACAAAAUGGCUUUGUCUUCAACAGAAAUAAAGGAUGCAUUUCUCCAAACAAAAAUGUACACAUGGCACUGUUGUCUCAAAUAAAGCAGAUACUUAAUGUACCUAUUAUGGAAUUCAUGUUCUGUUGCAAGAGACCUACAUUUGAUCGAAUCCCGGAAACUUAUCAACUCAUAUUUUAUUAUUUCUAUAAUGUAUUGGAAAUGGAGAAUAUUAUAUAACCAAUUUUAAAAUAAAAAAAAUUAUUUCAUCUUUGAUUUUUGAUUUCUGUGUUAAAAAAAGAUUCCUGAUUUUUACCAAUGUGUCUAUUUCAGACAUUUUGUUCUGAUGACUUCUUUCCCAGAAACUCUGCACAGGUGCUUCUCUGCACCAAUAUUUCUUUGUUUAUGAUGAAGAAAGUGUUACCCACUUACUUUAGUAGUACUGCCCAUAUUCUCCCAAGUUCUCAGUUGGGGACCUCUGUGACUUGCUGCUGCUGCUGCUACUACUGUUUUACUAGAGGCGGUGGAGGACUUUCGGGUUAUAUACAUGCCAUUUGCAGGGUCCCACCACAAGGAGAAGGGGACGACAGAAGACGAGAUGGUUGGAUAGUGUUCUCGAAGCCACCAAAAUGAGUCUGACCAAACUGCGGGAGGCAGUGGAAGACAGGAGUGCCUGGCGUGCUCUGGUCCAUGGGGUCACGAAGAGUCGGACACGACUAAACAACCACCACCACAUUUUACCAAGAAGUGAGCCACCAAGAAAUAUACACCAGAGAAGGGGUGGUUGGUUCAAUGCUUCUGAUUUUCAUCAAUGGGGCUCAACGAACAGCCUACAGUACAAUAUAAGGCGGCAUUAAAAAGGGACUAACCUUAAACCUUCACUAAAAUGGGCACGUACUAUGACAUAUAUUUUGAUGGUCCUUUACACUGUGCAGGCCUUAGAACUGGGAGGGUUGUUGCGACGGAUGGGCCCUUUAACUGCCUGCAUAGAAACGUUUUCCGCAGGCACAGGAGUCGCCCGCUUGAACUUCGCGCAUCCCUUCAGAAAGCGGAGCCAAGGAGACGAAGGAAGCCUCGUCUUUGCGCAUGCUCGAAAGCCUGGCGGUAGCUGGGGGGAGGUUUACGCUACUCUCCGGCCCGCUCAAUCUUGCUACGCUUGCGCGAUGUAGACAAUGAC